CGGCAGGGCAGAGCGGGUGUUAGCGGUACCGGCUGGUGCCUCACCUUUCGUUUCGCUUUAGGCCGUGCCCGGGUGAGAAGCCCCUGUGAGGAAGGGGGACUGGAGCCCCGGAGCAGCUCGCACCGCACCACGCCCGGGAGGUGCCGGUCCCGCCCAGCUAUAAGUGGCUAUCAUACCUAAUUUCCAAACUAAGGACAAGAAGUUUCCUAGGGUAGUUUUCUGAGCUACAUAACCAGAAACCCAAGACACGUGCAGUCAACGUGUAUACAGCCCAAACAAGAGCAAUGCAAAGCUAAAAGUAAAGAAGAAUGUCGUUGUUUAAAGCUAGAGACUGGUGGUCCACCAUACUCGGAGAAAAGGAAGAGUUUGACCAAGGCUGUUUGUGUGUUGCUGAUGUUGAUAAUAGUGGACGAGAUAAAAUUAUUGUAGGCAGUUAUAUGGGAUAUCUCCGAAUCUUUAAUCCACAUCCUGUGAAACCUGGAGAUGGAGGACAACCUGAAGACUUGCUUUUGGAAGUGCAGUUACGAGAACCAAUAUUGCAGGUGGAAGUGGGAAAAUUUGUUUCUGGUACUGAAGGACUUCAUCUGGCUGUGUUGCAUUGUCGAAAACUCUGUGUGUAUGCUGUUUCAGAAACUCUGGGAAAUGUGGAACAUGGAAACCAGUAUCAGAUUAAACUAAUGUAUGAGCACAAUCUUCAGAGAACUGCUUGUAAUAUGACUUACGGUCCAUUUGGUGGUGUAAAAGGUCGAGAUUUGAUAUGUAUACAGUCCAUGGAUGGGAUGCUCAUGUUGUUUGAACAGGAAAGCUAUGCUUUUGGCCGUUUUCUACCUGGUUUUCUGCUGCCUGGUCCCUUGACAUACAGCUCUCGGACUGAUUCUUUCAUUACAGUGUCUUCUUGUCGACAGGUUGAGAGUUAUAAAUACCAAGUGCUGGCAUUUGCAACAGAUGCUGAUGAAAGACAAGAAACAGACCAGGCAAAACUUGGUUCUGGAAAAAGACUUGUGGUGGAUUGGGUUUUAAACCUUGGCGAGCAAGCACUGGAUAUAUGCGUUGUCUCCUUUAAUCAGGCAGUUUCUUCUGUUUUUGUGCUUGGUGAGAGAAACUUCUUUUGCCUUAAGGAUAAUGGGCAAAUUCGAUUCAUGAAAAAGCUUGAUUAUAGCCCGAGUUGCUUCAUUCCUUAUUGUUCAGUGAAAGAAGGAACAAUAAACACUCUAAUUGGAAACCAUAGUAAAAUGUUGAAUGUUUAUCAAGAUGUUACACUGAAAUGGGCUGCUCAACUUCCCCACAUUCCUGUAUCAGUGAAAGUAGCAAAUUUACAAGAUUUGAAGGGUGUUAUAGUCACUCUGAGUGAUACUGGGCAUCUUCAGUGUUCCUACCUUGGAACUGAUCCUUCACUCUUCCAGGCUCCUAGAGUUGAAUCUAGGGAACUAAACCAGGAAGAGUUUGAUGCUGAAAUGAAAGAGCUUCAGAAGAUCAUCAAGGAGGCCACAAAAACACAAGAUAUUUUACCCAAAUCUGAAAAAAACAGAGAGGUAGUUGUCACAGCAGAAGUUUCACCCAAUUUGGAUGUGGAAUCUCAAGCCAUUGACAGUGAGGUAAAAGCAGAGGCAGUGCCAUCAGUCACAGUGAAGAUAACAAUACAGAGCAGAGUGACUGCGAAAAAACCAAACCUGGAAGUGUGUGUACAAGCUCCAUUAGCAGUGACCUGUGAGCAGUUCGUCUUUGAUGAUUUAGAACCAGAUUCAUCUGAAACUGUGGUUGUGUCUGUCUUUUUGAAGAGGAAUUUUUCUCCAUCAGAACUCGAAGGAAAUUGUGUGCUUUCAUACAGUACGCCAACAGACCUCUUUCCUGAAGGAAUACUGAAAGCUGCGCAGUGUAACUUCAGUCUGCCUUUACGAUUAAUUUGCUUUCCAGCUCAACCAUCCAAAGCAGCAAACCACAAGAUAACUAUUGAUACCAAUAAACCUCCCAUCAGUUUUCUCACCAUUUUUCCAGACUUUGUUGUUCCGUCUGAGGAUGACCAGGCAAACGUUCUAGGAUUUCAGUUUUUAAGUGGUUCAAAAGCCACUCUUCUUGCUUCAAAAACAUCACAACGAUAUAGGAUCCAGAGUGAUCAGUUGGAAGACCUUUGGCUGAUAACAAAAGAGUUGAGGCUUCGACUCGAAGAACAUUUCAAGAAGCAGAACUGCAAAGAUUUCACAUGUACAUUUUCUGGUUCCAUUCCCCUGCAAGAAUAUUUUGAGCUAAUUGAUAGACAUUUUGAGCUACGUUUGAACGAGGAAAAACUUCAGGAGCUGUUAUCUCAAAGGGCUGCACAGUUUCGAGCUAUUGAGCGGCGAUUGCUGACACGAUUCAAAGACAAAACUCCUGCUCCGCUUCAACAUCUGGAUACCUUGCUAGAAGGAACAUACAGAGAGGUAAUAGCUCUAGCAGAUGCAGCAGUGGAAAAUCAAGCCAACAUAUUCCAGGCAUUCACAAAGCUGAAAAGUGCCACCCAUCUGGUGAUUAUGCUGAUUAGUCUGUGGCAGAAGCUCAGCACUGAUCAAGUUGCUAUUCUGGAAGCUACGUUUUUGCCAUUAGCAGAAGAUACGAAAGAGAUGGGUUGGGAAGAAACUGUGGAUGCUGCCAUUUCUUACUUGUUACGAACUUGUUUGUCAAAGAGCUCUAAGGAACAGGCUCUGUCUCUCAGCAGCCAGUUGUGCAUGCCCAAAGAUACCAGCAGACUGAAGAAGAACAUCACCCUCUUCUGUGACAGAUUAGCCAAAGGUGGUCGCCUUUCCUUAAGUACAGACUCAGCCACUCAGCAAGCUGCUGUCAUGCCAGGUGCUUGUGCUACGAUCCCAGAGUCUGAUUUAGAGGAAAGAACAGUUGCACUGUGCUCCACAGCAAUGUUUCCCCAUCAUGGACAGAUCACAAAGCAGAAAUCCAAGCCUGGUUUGUCUGGGGAAUCGGCAGAGGAAGCAGAAGAGCCAUGAAAUUCAAAGAUGACCCUUGGGAGGAAUUUCUCUCUGAUGUCAGAUGCAUUUAUAGUGCAGCAGUACCAACCCGUUUUACCUUGCACUGACUGCAGCUUCCAGAAGGACUGUGCUAAUUUAUACAGAUACAGAGCUGGGUCUCCCUGCCAACUACUAGCAUCCUUUCUGCAAACAAAAUUUAAGCACUUACCGAACUGUUGUAGAGGUGUUGUGUUAUGUUAUCCCUUUCUAAGGAUUCAGUUGAUUGAUCAAAGACUAUUUACACAUAGUUAAAAGCAACCUUUGUUUCAGGAUAUGGUAUAUCUUUUUUUUUCUUAAAGAUACUCUGAACAGUACCUCCCUUUGAGAUUAUAUUAACAUUUGUUAUAUCACAGUUUUGACAAAAGAUAACUAUCUCAUUUCCUCCUGUACUAACAUUCGCAGUUCCAGACAACUGAAUUCACCACCAGAAGAAAAACUGGUAAUCCAUCAACCUUCUUUUUUCUCCUCUCAUUGCUUAUGCAGACUCCUGCUCUCUAGAGAUACAGAGUAAAAUAUGGUUACUGGACAGAAAAGGCAAACCCUUUUGCCAUAAACUAUGUCACUAUGAAUGUGAAUAAAGUUUACACUGUAAGUACCUUGA